UCUGCGUGUUCUUGCGGAGUUCCAACAGGUGUCAUCGGGGAUGGUGAUGAGGACAGACGUGUGAAGGGCGUGCUCAAAGUUGAAGCAGCCUACUGUCCUCCACCGUCCUCAUGGCUGAAGAGAUCAGGAGAAUAGCUGCUCUGCUAGAUCAGCCUCUGAGUGAGAGAGACCAGGAACUCAUCACUUACGUCAAGCACAAGUUUGCCACCGACUUCAAGAAAGACCACAGUUACUUCCCUGAGAAGGUUGUUACCCGCAGUGACACACAGUAUGGCCUCAUACAAAAUGGCCAGGCCAGGAAGAACUACUACAGGAGACAGGAGCUGCUCAGUAAAGGCUUUUUCUCCCCUGUCAACAAACCAUACAAAACAGUGGGAAUGCUUUACUCUGACAACGUUGAUCUCUUCUCAACCUGGCUCACAUCAGAGGACCAAAAGUCACUGAAGACACAGUGGGACAAGAAGUUUGGAAAAAAUACAGUGAUCUCCAGCAAAUUCACUCAGGAGAAGACUAAAAAGGAGGAGAACGUCAGAGCCCCUCCAGUGGAGAACCUGAAUGGUUUCCUCCAGGUGAAGCAGUACAUGAGAGAGAUGGUCUCCAUCAGACGUGCUCUCCACACUGGGCGCCCCCUCAUAUAUUGCCUCAGAGACCAGGAUAAACCAUUAUUGCUCAUGAAGAAACCUGUGCCUCCCAAGACACCAUGUGACCGAGCCAUAUCAGCUGAUAAAGAGACUGUACCACCACUGUCCAUGUCCAUGAACCAACAGGCACUGGACCCAGAGGAAGAGGAGAACCUACAGAGGAUACAGUACAGGAAGCAGAAGCUGUUCUCAGAGAAACUCCAGUGGAUUUACAUGGUCCUGUGUGGCAUCUCUCACAUGCGAAACAGAGAUCUGAAGACACUGGUUCCUCUCAACAGCAGCUAUGUGAACAUCAUCAUGAAGGACACAGAGAAGACCAACAUCCUGCUGAAGCAGUCGCCCAGCUACAACCCUCCGUUGAAUUACACCAGGCAGCUGGUGUCCCUGGCCCCAGAGGACUGUCACAGCAUCAGCCGUGACGUGUGGGACACCUUCAUCAGUCACCAGGACACCACAGAGCCCUCGAAGUUAACCACCACCCGAACCACAGGAUAUAAAGCUCUGCAGUCAGGGCCCAGGCGCAAGGUGCCUGACGGAGAUGGAUACAUGCCCCCAUGGCUGCUACUGCUGCUGGAUGAGAACAGUCAGUACACAAUAUCACACACACAGGACUGA